AAUCCUGAUUAAAGAAUGGAUUUAAGAAGUAUUUUGAAACCCAUCAGUGGCAUUCAAUGCCAUAGAUAUGGACCAAUGUCUUCACAUAGGUUUCAUGUUCCAGUCUCAUCUCUCCGUUUUGGGGAUAUUGAAAGGCCAAACAGAUCGAGUUGGUUUGCCUUCCAUGAUCUUACUAGUUAUCGUUCGUUGCAGUACUCAUCUGAGAUUGAAUCCCGAAUUGGGAAACCUCGGAAGGUGCAUAGAAACUUUGCCUUUAAUGUGAAAAAAGAUAUUUGGGGGAAUUCUUCCAAGGGAAAAGAUGACAUAGUCGUACAAGGUGAGGCGAUCUUGCAGAAGGCCUCUCUUCUUGAAUUGACAAACUACUCUGCAACUUUUGCUGACGAGGCAUCGGAUAUCCUUGGGAAAAAGGUGUCCCUCCAGCUAGUUAGCAGCAAUCAGAUUGCCCCAGGAAAUCAAAUUCAUUAAAAUACCUGUUUUUUUUUCUUAUAUCAGAUUUUUCCUAAUCUACCAUCUUAAGAAUAUUAAUGAAAAGAUCUACAGUUUGUU